UGAGAACUGCUAACGAGUCUAUUUUUGCAGAGGAAUAUGAUAGUAGAAUCAGCAUUUUUGCAGUAUGAAUAGAAUGAUUUAUAUUUUCAUUUCCUUUGUUGGCAUGGAAGGUAUUUACGAAGUAUUCACACCCUCCGAUUUAUGUGUGGAGUCCUUAAUGUGAAGGUUUUAAACUCUGACAAAUACGGCCCAUCACACUCUGCCUACAGCACUGCAAGGAAUCUCAUAGACCAAGGUUUUGAAUCCUUCCACACUCCUGAAAAUCAGUUCCCAAAAUGCGAAAAGGUAUUUUCUGCUGCAGAGAACACUUUGAGAAUGAAAAGUUUUCUUUGACUUCUGCCUUCCAUCUGGAAAAUACUCUCUUUAGAUACCUUCAGAGCCACCCCUUUCCCAAGUCUCUUGACCCUCCUAGCUCCUCCUUCCCAAGUCUCUGCUCUUCAUUUCCAGGUCAGUUCUCAUGCUCCGCAGUGCAGCACAGCUGCUUCCCUAGAUGGCCUUGGACUGCUCCUCCUGCUGAGAGCGCCUCUCCUUAGAUGCUCUGCCUGCAGUUGAGCACAAAGACCCGGAGGAGACUCUCCCACGGGCUUCAAGGAGAAGAAAGGAGGCAGCGGAGCCGAACUCGGGGCACUCGUGGCCUGUGCGUGCGCAGGGUGUCAGGCAGCGGAGAGAGGCGCCCCGCAGCCAGCCGCGCCGGGGCGAGCCGUGAGAUGCGGCGCUGAGCCCGCUCGCCCGCCCGCCGCAGGUCGUCCGCUGCCCAGGCGCUUCGUGUACAUGUGUCUCUCCAGGCCGGCCGCAGGCGCCCAGAAGAGCAUCCACCACGGCUGCCGGGGAAAGAGCGCCCACCAUGCCCACCGAGGCGCUCCCGACAGGUAGCAUGGUGAAGCCCGUGAGCCCCGCGGGCACCUUCACGUCGGCCGUGCCCCUGCGCAUCCUGAACAAAGGGCCCGACUACUUCCGCAGGCAGGCCGAGCCCAACCCCAAGAGACUGAGCGCCGUGGAGCGGCUGGAGGCCGACAAGGCCAAGUACGUGAAGAGCCAGGAGGUGAUCAACGCCAAGCAGGAGCCCGUGAAGCCGGCCGUGCUGGCCAAGCCCCCGGUGUGCCCCGGCGCCAAGCGCGCGCUGGGGAGCCCCACGCUCAAGGUGCUGGGCAACCACGCCAAGACCGAGAGCGGCGUGCAGCGCGAGACCCUCAAGCUGGAGAUCCUCAAGAACAUCAUCAACAGCUCCGAGGGCUCCAGCGCGGGCUCGGGCCACAAGCACGGCUCCCGCAACUGGACCCCGCACCGGGCCGACGCCACCGACCUGCACCGGCACUCGUUCGCCGAGUCGCUGAAGGUCUACCCCACGCCGGGCCGCGGCAGCCCGCAGGAGACCAGCUCCCACGUGGGCAGGAGGCUGCUGGAGCAGUCGGCCGAGUCCUUCCUGCACGUGUCGCACAGCUCCUCGGACAUCCGCAAAGUGACCAGCGCCAAGCCCCUCCGAGCGAUCCCCUGCAGCAGCUCCGCCCCUCCCCUGCCUCCCAAGCCCAAGGCGGCCGCGGUGAAGUCCCCCGAGGCCGACCCCGUGGUGGAACCCGCGUGCAGCGUCAGCCGGAGGCCCUCCCUCCAGCGGUCCAAGUCAGACUUGAGCGACAGGUAUUUCCGAGUGGACGCGGACGUGGAGAGGUUCUUCAACUACUGCGGACUGGACCCCGAAGAACUGGAAAACCUCGGCAUGGAGAACUUCGCGAGGGCUAACUCCGACAUCAUAUCCCUCAACUUCCGCAGCGCAAGCAUGAUCAGCUCAGAUUGUGAACAGUCUCAGGACAGUAACAGUGACCUUAGGAAUGAUGACAGUGCCAAUGACCGGGUGCCGUAUGGCAUUUCUGCCAUCGAAAGAAAUGCUAGGAUCAUCAAGUGGUUAUACAGCAUCAAGCAAGCUAGAGAGUCUCAGAAGGUGUCCCACGUGUAGGAGGCGUGGUGGGCGGGGUGCGGCGAGGAGGGAGGGGCGGGCCAGUGUGCACACGCAGUCGUGAGGGUCGUGCGGUCUCCUUGAAGUGUCGUGAGCUUCUCCGCUCUUUGUGUUGCUUGUUGUGCAAUGUUUUCGAGUUGCAUGCCUGCCAACAUGGCCACCGUCCUGGCCUCGUGGUCUCGUCGCCGCACAGCCUGGCCGAACACUCAUCUGUCAAAGGUUUCUGGCCAGAAUCUAAUUAGGGCUUUGCUCUUAAGCAAACCGGUUUACAAGGAAUAACAGUAUACGAUCUCUUCGAUAUUUAUGUGGUUAUUGUGUUUUUUUUUUUAUACUCCGCGCUAUUGUGUCUUAAUUAAAAGUUUUGUCAACUGGCUUUUAAGUUGAGAGCAGAAUCUUUUUGAAAUAAAAAGCCACUUUAUCAACAUAUGAGACCAUAACCGUGAAUGGGAAAGUAAAUAGGACCUGCUACCAAACAGAGAGUGACUGAGAGUACUUAAAACCAGGCUGGGGUAAAGUGGUGAGCCUGACAUUACCAGUUCACAUGUUGAAGUUGUCUUGACACUUAGGAGAGCGUUUAGGGGGCAACCGUGCUGUCUGGUGCCCCAGUGUGUAUAUGUUGGCGGUUCUCUGUAGUUCUGAUCCCCAGGAAAGACAAUCAGCCACCACCCAGGAUGAUUAAACCUAGGCGGUUGGAUAUUGGGGGCAGGGUGAUGUUCAGAUUGGGAUAAUCCAGAAAUGUCUAGUAUUAAUCAUUUGGUAAGCAUAGCCACACUCAAGGUGAUGCUGAAUGUCUUUAUAACAGAAGUAUUUUGUGGAGUUUUGUUUGUUUUUGUUUGGGGGAUGUUUUUUGUUCUUUUAGGCCAAGAACUACCAAUUUGUGUUUUCUCUUCCUUGCUCCCUUGCAGUUGUUCUGCUUGGGAGAAAUGAAUAGGGCUUAGGCAGGCUUGAGCUGUCUACAGAUAAGAAUGAAAAUGGAAAUACCACCCACAUCCAUAUAGAGUCUCCCAUUCAAAAGUGAAUCCAUUUGGUAGCAGACACGCCCAAGCAGUGCAAGUCUCUCUUGUAUGUUGUUUUUUUCAGUUCUUUCGGGCUGUGGAUAUUUGCUACAGCUCUAGAAAACUGUGGAAUCACUGUAGCUUCUCCAAGCUGUGGCUUCUUGCCACCUUUCCCCCCAGUAACCUGCUGCUUAAGUUGUUUCAGUAGGGUCAGCGGUGUGGAGGCAGAGGGCACCGUGGGGUACCGCGAGGUGGUCUGCUGUACUGCUCUUGCAUUCACAAGUUCUCAGCAGAACCGCUUACUUCAUCAGCUAAUAGAAAACUUUUUAUGGUGUAAAUGCUGUAAGACUUUGUACAUACUUCCGUUGUGAUGGAAUCUUUAAGAAAAAGACAAGACAAGUUACAUUAAUAAAUAGCUGUGGUGCAGGCUCUAA